UUAAAGCCAAAAGAAAAGGCAAAAACCGAAAAACCGCUCUCUUCUCCUACACACGCACUAGUAGCACUGUGCGAGAGAGGGUGACGUGUCGAUUACGGUACGAAAAUACCCUCACAUUUCGCCAUUUUUGACUCUCUCUCUACCUACACCUGUUAGGGCGGGAACACAAAUUUUUUCACUGGGAACAUGCCCGUAAGGCCGUGACUCUCUCUCUCUCUCUCUCUCUCGUCCUUUUUAGGGUUUUCCCUUUCAAUAUUUCAAAAUCGCACACUUCCUGUUUCGAAAGUAUCUUUUUUCUAGGGUUUGUUUCUUUUAGCUCUGUUUGUUCUCGACAUAACAGGAACCGAAGAUGAAUAAUCUGCGUAAGGGCUCAAAAGUUUGGGUCGAAGAUAAGAAUUUCGCAUGGGUUGCAGCUGAGGUUACCGAUUUUAUCGGUAAACAAGUUCAAGUCAUUACUGCUUCUUCUCGCAAGAAGGUUUUGGCUUAUCCUGAUAAGCUAUUUCUUAGAGAUGAUGAUGAAGAGGAUCAUGGAGGAGUCGAUGAUAUGACUAAAUUAACAUAUUUGCAUGAACCUGGAGUGCUUUUCAAUCUUGAAAGAAGAUAUGCUCUUAAUGAUAUUUAUACCUAUACAGGAAGCAUUUUGAUAGCUGUUAAUCCGUUCACCAAGCUUCCUCAUCUUUACAAUGUGCAUAUGAUGGAGCAAUAUAAAGGAGCACCAUUUGGUGAGCUAAGCCCACAUGUUUUUGCUGUGGCAGAUGCAUCAUAUAGAGCGAUGAUGAGUGAAGGCAGAAGCCAGUCUAUAUUGGUCAGUGGAGAAAGUGGAGCUGGGAAAACUGAGACGACAAAAUUGAUUAUGCAGUAUCUGACUUAUGUUGGGGGUCGAGCUGCUGAUGAUGACAGAACAGUUGAGCAGCAAGUUCUUGAAUCAAAUCCAUUAUUGGAAGCAUUUGGUAACGCAAGGACUGUUAGGAAUGACAACUCAAGUCGUUUUGGGAAGUUUGUUGAGAUUCAGUUUGAUGCACAUGGUCGGAUAUCUGGUGCUGCUAUUAGAACCUACCUUUUGGAACGAUCUCGAGUGGUUCAGAUUACUGAUCCUGAAAGGAACUACCAUUGCUUUUAUCAAUUGUGUGCAUCUGGGAGGGAUGCAGAGAAUUACAAAUUGGAUCAUCCAAGCCACUUUCAUUACUUAAAUCAGAGUAAGAUAUAUGAAUUAGAAGGAGUUAGUAACGCGGAGGAGUACAUAAAGACGAGGAGGGCGAUGGAUAUCGUUGGUAUCAGUCAUGAAAAUCAGGAAGCUAUAUUUCGUACCUUGGCUGCAAUUCUUCAUCUUGGAAAUAUUGAAUUUUCUCCGGGCAAAGAACAUGAUUCUUCAACUGUAAAGGAUCAGAGAUCUAGCUUUCAUUUGCAGAUGGCAGCUGCUCUUUUCAUGUGUGAUGUCAACCUCUUGCUGGCAACAUUAUGUACUCGAACAAUUCAAACCCGUGAAGGAAAUAUUGUAAAAUAUCUUGACUGCAAUGCUGCUGUUGCUAGUAGGGAUGCAUUGGCAAAGACAGUUUAUGCUAAGCUAUUUGAUUGGCUUGUUGAUAAAAUUAAUAGGUCUGUUGGGCAAGAUCCAAUGUCCCAGAUACAAAUUGGAGUGUUGGACAUUUAUGGCUUUGAAUGUUUUAAACAUAAUAGUUUUGAGCAGUUCUGCAUUAAUUUUGCAAAUGAGAAACUUCAGCAACACUUUAAUGAGCAUGUGUUCAAGAUGGAACAGGAGGAGUACAGAAAAGAAGAAAUUAAUUGGAGCUACAUUGAUUUUAUCGACAACCAGGAUGUCUUGGAUUUAAUUGAGAAGAAACCUAUCGGGAUAAUUGCUCUCUUGGAUGAAGCUUGCAUGUUCCCUAAAUCAACAAAUGAAACAUUUUCAACCAAGCUAUUCCAGAAUCUCGGCACUCACCCAAGGCUGGAAAAGACGAAAUUUUCUGAAACAGAUUUUACAGUUUCUCAUUAUGCUGGCAAGGUUGUCUAUCAAACAGAGACUUUUUUGGAUAAAAAUCGUGAUUACAUAGUGGUAGAACACUGCAAUCUGUUGUCUUCUUCCAAAUGUUGCUUUGUUGCUGGUCUUUUCCCUUCACCUCCAGAAGAAUCUUCACGAUCAUCAUAUAAGUUCUCUUCUGUGUCCUCCAGAUUUAAGCAACAACUUCAAGCACUUAUGGAAACCCUUAACUCAACUCAGCCUCAUUAUAUACGUUGUGUGAAGCCAAACUCUUUAAAUCGACCUCAGAAAUUUGAGAAUAAGAGCAUAUUGCACCAACUACGCUGUGGGGGUGUUUUGGAGGCUGUUAGGAUAAGUCUUGCUGGUUAUCCCACUCGAAGAACAUAUUCAGAAUUUGUGGAUCGUUUUGGAUUAUUAACUCCUGAAUAUUUGGAUGGAAGUAGUAAUUAUGAUGAAAAAGCUUGGACAGAGAAAAUUCUGCAAGAGUUAAAGCUUGAGAAUUUUCAGUUGGGUAGGACCAAAGUGUUUCUCAGGGCUGGUCAGAUUGGUGUUUUAGAUUCACGUCGGGCUGAGGUUCUGGACGAUGCUGCAAAGCGCAUCCAACGUCAACUGCGGACAUUUAUUGCUAAGAAGAACUUUAUCUCAGCAAGGACUGCUGCUAUUUCAGUUCAAGCAUAUUGCAGAGGAUGCCUUGCUCGGAAGAUGUAUGCUGAAAAACAGGAAACAGCAGCUUCUGUUUCAAUUCAAAAAUAUAUUCGCAAAUGGUUACUGAGGCGUGCUUAUUCCAAAUUGCUAUCAGCAGCUAUUGUUGUACAGUCAAAUAUCCGUGGUUUCUUGACUCGCCAAAGAUUUUUAAAUGGGAAGAGGCACAGAGCUGCCACUACAAUUCAGGCUCGAUGGAGAUUGUGCAAGUUCCGCUCAGCCGUCCGACGACAUCAGACUUCAAUCGUAGCUUUACAGUGUCGCUGGAGACAAAAGCUGGCAAAAAGAGAAUUUCGAAGGCUUAAACAAGAGGCUAAUGAAACUGGUGCCUUGCGUUUAGCUAAGAAUAAACUUGAGAAGCAGUUAGAGGAUCUUGCAUGGAGAUUGAAUCUAGAAAAGAGAUUGCGGAUUUCUAAUGAAGAGGCUAAGUCAAUUGAAAUUUCCGAGCUUCAAAAGUCAUUGGAAUCUUUGAGUCUUGAGCUAGAUGCAGCUAAGUUGGCUACAAUUAAUGAGUUCAACAAGAAUGCAAUGUUGCUAAAUCGACUAGAACUAUCGAUGAAGGAAAAAUCAGCUUUGGAGAGAGAGCUCAUUGCCAUAGCUGAGUUGAGAAAGGAAAAUGCUUUUCUAAAGGGUUCUUUGGAUUCUUUGGAAAAGCAGAACUCAGCUUUGGAGCUUGAGCUUAUCAAAGCUCAAAAGGAUAGUAACGAUACCAUUGCGAAGUUCAAGGAAACUGAAGAGAAGUGUUCUCAGUUGCAACAGAAUAUGCAGAGUCUUGGGGAGAAAGUCUCACAUCUUGAAGAUGAGAAUCACAUCCUUCGACAAAAAGCAUUGAGUGUAUCUCCUAAGAGCAACCGUUCAAGUUUGGUUAAAGCAUUCUCUGAAAAAUACUCUGGUGUGCUCGCUCUUGCUCCAUCUGACCGGAAGCCUGUAUUUGAGUCUCCCACGCCUUCAAAACUUAUACCUUUCUCACAUGGUUUGUCAGAACCACGUCGACCAAAGUUAACAGCAGAAAGACACCAGGAGAAUUAUGAAUUCCUCUCAAGGUGUAUCAAGGAAGAAAGUGGGUUUAUUAAUGGCAAACCACUGGCAGCUUGUAUCAUAUACAGAUGUCUUCUUCACUGGCAUGCUUUUGAAUCUGAGCGGACAGUUAUUUUUGACUAUAUAAUUGAGGGAAUAAAUGAAGUUCUGAAGGUUGGAGAUGAGGCUGUUAUUUUACCAUAUUGGCUGUCCAAUGCCUCAGCACUUCUAUGCCUCCUCCAGAGGAACUUACGAUCAAAUGGCUUUUUGAAUGCUGCUAGUCAGUUUUCUACUCCUUCUUCAUUACCAGGAAGGGUUAUUCAUGGUCUAAAAUCUCCGUUCAAAUAUAUUGGAUAUGAGGAUGGUUUGUCACAUGUCGAAGCUAGAUAUCCAGCAAUACUAUUUAAACAACAGUUAACGGCUUGUGUAGAGAAGAUAUUUGGUUUGAUUAGAGACAAUUUGAAGAAAGAGUUGUCACCGCUGUUGGGUUUAUGCAUUCAGGCACCAAAAGCUUUACGUUAUGCUGGAAAAUCAUCUAGGUCUCCUGGUGGUGUUCCACAGCAAGCACCUAAUAGUCAGUGGGAGAGCAUCAUCAAAUUUUUGGAUUCUUUCAUAGGUCGUCUACGCGCAAAUCAUGUACCAUCAUUUUUCAUCCGUAAGCUUAUCACCCAAGUUUUCUCUUUCAUCAAUAUAUCACUUUUUAACAGCCUUCUUCUACGACGUGAAUGUUGCACAUUUUCAAAUGGGGAAUAUGUGAAAUCUGGUUUAGCAGAACUUGAGAAAUGGAUAGUUGGUGCAACAGAAGAGUAUGCAGGAACCUCAUGGCACGAGCUAAAAUAUAUUAGACAAGCUGUUGGGUUUCUGGUGAUACAUCAGAAGAGAAAAAAGUCCCUUGAAGAUAUCAUGCAGGAUCUUUGUCCAGCUUUGACUGUUCGACAAAUAUAUCGAAUAAGUACCAUGUAUUGGGAUGAUAAAUAUGGCACCCAGAGUGUCUCAAAUGAGGUGGUUGCUCAAAUGAGAGAAAUGUUGAGCAAGGACAAUCAGAAUUCGACAUCCAAUUCUUUCUUGUUGGAUGAUGAUCUGAGCAUUCCAUUCUCAACCGAGGAUAUAGACAUGGCAAUUCCUGCAAUAGAUCCUUCAGAUAUUGAGCUUCCAAAGUUUUUAUCAGAAUAUCCUCCUGCUCAGUUUUUGGUCUUGCAUCAAAAUUAAAAGGUCUGGUAUCACCCUAAGAACUGCUGAUUUAAGCUUGAAGUCUAGCUUAUUCUAAGGGAUAAUGCCUCGAUAAGUUUGGUAUGCGAGAGUCAAGUUUCAUUUGAUGCUCAGUAGAAGAAACCUGUUAGCGGUGGCCAUCAGAAAACUAGAAGAUUGACUUGAUAGUUCGUAAGCUGCACAUUUGAUAGUGGAAUAGAGAGUCAGCGCCAUACUGGGGUUUGGUAUUGGCAUUCCCUGCUAAUUUAUUUUGUAGGUUUAGCCAGCAUUUCUCGAUUGGUCAUAGGUUAUUGAUGCUUCUACUUCUACGAAGCUUAUUCUUUCUGUACAUGUUCACUCUUUUUGAAUUGCAUAUAUGUUGUAUUAUGGUGAUGUUUCACUAUUUUGUGCUUUGUAUAUAAGGGCAUACGUGUUCAAUCCGAUUGAUAUUGCGUUUGACAUUUCUA